UCGCGGGUCUCGAUCGCAGCGCGGUAUCAACUGUUACGGCGACCUUUCGCGUUUCUUCGCUAGACAGUGCGAUAUCUGUGACGGAGGAGCACCUCGCGAGGUGCUCGCGGUCAAAGUGGAGUACAUGGAUGAAACGAACAUGAUGGACUCGGUGCCGGUUUCUGUGUCGGGGUCGAAGACCGGGUUGCAACCACAGCAGGGGGUACCAUACGACCUUGAGAGCGGGUUCGAGCCUCAGACUAGAGCACGGUCGCACACGUGGCCGCUGCCAAGGCCGGAGGAGGAAUAUAUCGAGGGGAACGUGGUGCCGAACGUAUCGGUUAGUAAAGAGGGCGUUAAAGGCGUCGAAAGUGGUACGCCGCCUCAGCAUGGCUCUCUGAGCCAAGGUACCGGCUUGCUUCCGGUCAAGAAGAAUUCCUCGCGACGAAAUCCGUGGGGAAACCAAAGUUAUGCUGAUCUCAUAACUCAAGCCAUUACAAGUGCCCCUGAUGAACGGUUGACUCUAUCUCAGAUCUACGAGUGGAUGAUGCAAAAUAUCACUUACUUCAGGGAGAAGGGAGAAAGCAACAGCAGUGCUGGAUGGAAGAACUCCAUCCGACACAAUUUAUCCUUACACAGCAAAUUCAUGCGAGUACAGAACGAAGGUACCGGGAAGAGUUCAUGGUGGAUGAUCAAUCAUGACGCAAAACCUGGGAAAUCGUCACGUAGAAGGGCAAUAACUAUGGAGGGCAGCAAAUUUGAGAAAGGACGUGGCAGAGUGAAGAAGAAUAUCGAGGCGCUACGAAACGGCAAGUUGCAAGCUGACGCUACACCCAGCCCUAGUAAAAGCGUCAACGAGGGGCUGGAUCUCUUCCCAGAUAGUCCUCUUCAACCUGGCAGUGGAUUUCAGCUUUCCCCUGAUUUCCGUCCUCGAACUCCGAGCAAUUCAUCAUCCUGUGGUCGAUUAAGUCCAAUCCCGGCGAUCCCUGGGAAACCGGAAUGGACACCAACUUAUACACCCCCUUACAGUACCGAACAAUUAGCCGGUAACCUGGCGGAAAUGAUGAAACUGGAGUCAUAUCAAAUGUAUCAGACGUCACCGCCGAGUCAUCAGCAACAGACUGGGCCACCACCUUAUUACGAGACCCAAUAUCAGAGGAGCAAUAGUCUCUCGACCGGAUCGUCCUCCUUUGCUCUUCAGCCGUCUCCCCAAUCAGCCAAUCAGCAAAGAUGCCUGAUUCACGGACUGCAGCCAUGCGCCUGUCGAAUGAACUUGAGUCCGGUGGCUGGAAUGUCACCGUCCUAUAAACAGAGCGAACCAAGUCCCACGGGUCUAGGAAGUAGCCAGCAGCAAACGCUUCAGUACAUGAUGCAAACACAACAGUGUCAACAGACACAACAACAGCAGCAACAGCAACAACAACAGCAACAACAACAGCAACAGCAACAACAACCUCAAACAGGAACAGGAAACACCAGUCCACCACAAACACCCACACCAAGCACAAUGAUGGGACAAUUGAUGGGAGCCCUUAAUAAUUCUACACUUCUGGAUGAUUUGAACAUUAACAUUGAAUCCUUGCACGGUGGAUUUGACUGCAACGUGGAUGAGGUGAUCAAGCAUGAGCUGUCGAUGGACGGAACACUGGACUUCAACUUUCAGCAAGGCGUGAUGGGCAUGGCCGCGAUCCAAGUGAGCGACAGCAACGGCGGUCAGAACGGCGCCGUAUCCCAAACCAACGUGGUCGGGACGACGGCUGGAAACGCGCCCGCAGGAGUUUACGUGAGCACCAACGCGACGACUCCUGCAGCACCUCCCUCGUGGGUUCACUAGCAGUGGACCCCACUGCCCUCGACACCCCCAUCAUCCUCGUCAUCGUUGUUACUAGACGGACAGGAGAACUUGCACGGACCGUCCGAGGGGCAACUCAUCGAAGUCCCAAGUGUCGAGGACGAACGGGAAGACCGACGAGUACUUGUGAUAAGCUGUAGAAAUAAUUAUACCGGACCAUGGCCACGUUACGUACC